UUGACUUCUUGAGCCCUUAUAAGCCGAAUUUUUUGUCCGAUUUGGUUGAAAUUGAGCCUGCGGUGUUCUGUUACUACUUCCAACAAUUGUACCAAAUACAGUCCCAAUCAGUCUAUAACCUGAUAUAGUUCCAUGUAAAGCAAUCUCUCGGUCAUCCUUGUUCGGUUCCUAGAAGCUUUAAUUUUUGCCGGUUUAACAGAAUUUUGAAACUCUUCUCCUUUUCUUAACGCUUUACUUCCAUAGAUUUGGCCACAUCGAGGCUUCCACCUGGCAAGCGGAUGAACUAAGUGAUACUCUGUGCAAUUCCAAACGGGAUGGCACACUUAUGGGCAUAAGCGGCUUGUGUAACAGUUACUGCUAUUGUCUGAACGAAAAGGCUGUAACGAUAAAUUGUCCUUCCAAUAUGGGGUUUAGUGCUAGCUAUGGAGGUUGUAUUGACUAUUCCCAAUCGGAUUGUGUUAAUGACAAUAAUAACACUGAUGGUCAUUUGAAUGAGAAAGAAGAUUCCAAAUCAAGCAAUGCAGUAGAUUUGAAUACCAUAACCUCGGAUAUAUGCAAUUCGCAGCCAUUUGGAACCACAUUUCCCAUACAGGAAACUCUUCUCCUUUUCUUAACCCUUUGCUGCCUUACAUUUGGCCACAUCGAAGCUUCCACCUGGGAAGCGGAUGAACUAAGUGAUACUCUGUGCAAUUCCAAACGGGAUGGCACACUUUUGGCCAUAAGCGGCUUGUGUAGCAGUUACAUCUAUUGUCUGACCGAAAAGGCCAUAACCAUAAAUUGUCCUUCGAAUAUGGCGUUUAGUGCCAGCUAUGGAGGUUGUGUUGGCUAUUCCCAAUCGGAUUGUGGUAAUGAUGGUGAUUCAAAUGAGAAUAAGGUAUCCAAUUCCAGCAAUGCCAUAAACUGGGAUAUAUGCGAUUCUAAGCCCUAUGGAACCACAUUUCCCGUAAAGGGCGAAUGUCAACUCUUUAUCUAUUGUUUGGGUGAAACUCCUUUGCCCAUGCCAUGCCUGUAUAAUACCGCUUAUAGUACCUCUGUGGGAUAUUGUGUUCAAUAUCAAGAUUCUGAUUGUGUAGAGCUUAGCACCACAACAUCGGUAACCCACUCAACAACAAUGCAAAGUGGAAAUCCGUCAUCAUUUCCUAUAGUAACUACAAACUUACCUAGCACAAGCCCAAGUGCUGUAAAAUCUACAACAUCAACAAGCUCUAUAGAUACGACAGGACAUCCAGCAUCGUCAUAUUCAACCACAAGUGGAUAUACUACUCAGACCUCCGUUUCGGGACAACCAACUUUAACCACAAAAGCUGAAACAGAUUUUACAACAUCUGCUGGCAAACCAACAUUAGCAACCACAAGCGAAUCAUCUACUCGGCGAUCACAAAGCACCUCGAAAGAGCAAACUUCAUCUACCAUAGCCCUAACAUCCACUCAACGUCCUUUGAGUUCAUCAACUUUAUCUUCAAGUACCACUGAUACAAACCAAUCACCAACUCAACUUCCUCAAACCGUAUCAACAUCUGCUUCAAGCACGCAGCAUACUACAACUAACUCAUCACCGCCAACACCAACAACAUCGACCCAUCGUCCACCAGGUACUUUCACAACCACUUCGAUGUCGACAGAUUCUGCAACUAUGACACAAACAACAAACAGAAGUCCUCAAAGCACUUCAACAGAUACCGAAGCAACGACAACUAUAGGAACAACUACUUUAACUUCAUCCUAUACCAUUGCCUCAUCUACAAAUAGCCCCAGUACUACUAUUGGUUCAACGCCUAGAUCCACACAAUAUGCAACAACUGAAACACCAACCAGACGACCUCUAACCUCUACAUCGAACUAUUCUUCAACCACAAAUACUGAGACUACUAGUGAACUGCCUCCAACAACUCCAACUGCCAGCUUUGCCAGCAGCAGCCCCACAAGUACAUCACGAGGUCCUCCAACACCGCACUCUCCCACACUUAUUCCUCCUACUCCUCCUUCACCCACAUCCUCUUCGACAAAAAAUCCAAUAUCGACUGAAUCAACUUCAACUAAGUCUCCAUCAUUGCCGUCGACCACAAGUGAAUAUCCUCCCCAGACCUCCGCUUCAGGACAACCAACAUUAACCACAAAAGCAGGAACAGAUUUUACAAUAUCUGCCGGCACACCAACAUUAGCAACCACAAGCGAAUCAUCUACUCGGCGAUCACAAAGCACCUCGAAAGAGCAAACUUCAUCUAUCACAGCCCAAACAUCCACUCAACGUCCUUUGAGUUCUUCCAGUACCACUGAUACAAACCAAUCACCAACUCAACUUCCUCAAACGGUAUCAACGUCUGAUUCAAGUACUAAGCGUGCUACAACUAACUCAUCACCGCCAAUAACAACAACAUCGACUCAUCGUCCACCAGGUACUUUCACAACAACGUCGAUGUCAACAGAUUCUACAACUAUGACACAAACAACAAACAGAAGCCCUCAAAGUACUUCAACAGAUAUAGAAGCAACGGCAACUAUGGGAACAACUGCAUCCUUUACCACUGCAUCAUCUCCAAAUACUCCCACUACUACUGGUUCAACUCCAAGAUCCACACAAUUCGCAACACCUGAAACACCAACCAGUCGUCCUCAAACCUCUUCAUCGAACUAUCCAUUAACGACAAAUAUUGUGACUACCAGUCAACUGCCGCCAACUCCUCCAUCUCCCACUUUUGCCAGCAGCAGCUCCACAAGUACAUCUCGAGGCCCGCCAACACCGUACUCUCCCACACUUAUUCCCCCUACUCCUCCUUCACCGAAUUUUCCCACACUUAUUCCUCCAACUCCUUCUUCACCAAAAUCCACUUCGUCAAAUAAUCCAACAUCAGCUGAAUCAACUCCAUUACCCACUAGAAGACCGCUAUCGCCAAUAUUGCCCGUCAUAUCUUCCACAAACUCACCAACCGAAACAACCACAGAAGAUUCUACAACCGAGGAGGGACAAACCACAAGCACUGCUGCAAAUUAUCCUACAACUGGAGGAGCCCAAACAACAAAUGAUUCUACAAAUGCUGGAGGACGAAUACCAAGUUCAACCACAAAAGAAACUACAGCUGCGGGAGGACAAACCACAGAUCCAACUACAAAAGAUCCCACAGACGCAGGAGGUCAAACUACAAGUUCAACCACAAAUGAUCCUACGGCUACUGGAGAACGAAGCACAAACCCAACUACAACAGAUACCACAACUGCUGGUGGAGAAAUCACAAAAGCAACAUCCAAUGAUCUCACAACUGCAGUAGGUCAAAUAACUAGUUCAACCACAAAUGAUCCUAUAUCUGAAGUAGGGCGAAGCACAAACCCCACUACAAAUGAUCCUACAUCAGCAGCAGGACAAAACACCGAUCCAUCUACCAAAGAUCAUACAACUGCAGGAAGUCAUACAACAAGCCCUACUACAAAUGAUCCUACACCUUCUGAUCAUACCUCCAAUCUAUCGUUCACAACAAAUACCAACAUCAAUGAAUCAUCUUCGACCGCAUCGUCUGAUACAACAUCUCGACGUCCUCAAACUUCUUCAAUUAUAACCGAUCCCACACCAAAAGAUAAUUCUCAAACCUUUUCAACUGUAACAAAUCCAAAAACUUUGGUUUUUGCCCUUCUGUUUAUUAUGGCCACAAAAUUAUUUUAUUUUGUUUUUUGAAUUAUAUCC